GCUGCUCUUGCGCUGUACCUGGGGCUCCGGUCGGCGGGAAGGCGUGUGGCAGGUCCUGAAGAGACCCCUCGACCGCCGCUUUCCGCUGGACAACCCCCGUGGUGCCCCUUCUGGCACGCGCCUACUCUGUGCUUUAACCCGGAAGCUAAAAAUAAGGAAAGAAGAGGUUACUUGGGAAACUCCUCCCCAAGCACAAAACCCAACUGUACUAAGCUUUUUGUGAGCUAUUUCAGCCCAGAAUGGCUAUGGAAUCCAGAGCAAUUUCAACUUUAAAACCUCAGGAUCAUCAAGAAGAAUUAAUACUCGUGAAAAUAGAAGACAGCAGCUUUUCUUGGAGCCAGAAAUGUAAACAGAAUGGGAGUGCCCAGUCUUGCCAAGAACUGUUUCGCCAGCAAUUCAGGAAGUUUUGCUAUCAUGAAACACCUGGGCCCCGAGAGGCUCUGGGAAGACUCCAGGAACUCUGCCAUCAGUGGCUAAUGCCAGAGUUGCACACAAAGGAGCAGAUCCUGGAACUGCUAGUGCUGGAGCAGUUCCUGAGCAUCCUCCCUGAAGAGCUGAAGAUAUGGGUUCAACAGCACGGCCCAAAGAGCGGUGAGGAAGUUGUGACUCUGCUGGAAGAUUUGGAGAAAGAGUUUGAUGAUCCAGGGCAGCAGGUCCCAGAUAAUCCACAAGGACCAUCAGUGUCAUGGAAAGAUUUGACAUAUCUCAGAACAUCCCAAGAUUCAACAAGCAUCCAAGUCCGGCCUCUGAAGACACAGCUGAAAUCCUGGAAACCUUGUCUUUCCUCUAAAAAUGAUUCUAAGAAUAAUGAAACAACAGCAAAAGAGGACAUUUCAGAAGAAAAAGCACCAGAAUUCUCUUGGGAUCCUUCAUUUAGAGGUGUCAGCGAGCACAAAAGCAAUUUAGAAUGGCAGCAAAGAAGUUCCCCUCUCCACAGGGGCAGCUUUAGUCAAGUGAUCUUCACACACAAAUCCUUAGCAAAGAGAGACCAUCAUGAUGAGUCUCAAAGAUGCUUGAUUCUAAGUACAAACUCUGUUACAUGUCAGAAAGUUUCUACAGAUGACAGACCUUAUAGAUGUGACGUAUGUGGGCAUAGCUUUAAACAACAUUUCUCUCUAACACAACAUCAGAGAAUACACACUGGAGAAAAGCCCUAUAAAUGUAAUCAGUGUGGGAAGGCCUUUAGUUUGAGGUCAUAUCUUAUUAUUCAUCAGAAAAUCCAUAGUGGUGAAAAAGCAUAUGAGUGCAAUGAAUGUGGAAAGGCCUUCAAUCAGAGCUCAGCUCUCACUAGACAUCGGAAAAUUCAUACAGGUGAGAAAGCUUGUAAAUGUAAUGAGUGUGGAAAAGCAUUCAGUCAAAGUUCUUAUUUAAUCAUACAUCAAAGAAUCCACACUGGUGAGAAACCCUACAGGUGUAAUGAAUGUGGGAAAACCUUUAGCCAGAGUUCAAAGCUUAUUAGACACCAGCGGAUUCAUACGGGAGAGAGACCAUAUGAAUGUAAUGAAUGUGGCAAAGCUUUCAAGCAGAGCUCAGAGCUGAUUACCCAUCAGAGGAUACACAGUGGAGAGAAACCUUACGAAUGUAACGAGUGUGGAAAAGCCUUCAGUCUGAACUCAAACCUCAUAAGACAUCAGAGAAUCCACAGUGGAGAGGAGCCUUAUCAGUGUAAUGACUGUGGCAAAACCUUCAAAAGGAGCUCAGCCCUUGUUCAGCACCAGAGAAUCCACUCUGGAGAUGAAGCUUAUAUAUGUAAUGAGUGUGGGAAGGCUUUUAGGCACAGGUCAGUGUUGAUGCGCCAUCAGAGAGUCCACGAUAUUAAGUAACUUAAUACAAUGAUUUGUAAAUACAUCCGUAUAUUUUUCUCUAUUAGUCAUAAGGUUGAUUUUGGAGCAAGAUUCCAUAAAGGUAGUUUAAAAAAAAAAGUUUUUAGUUAGUCUAACUUGCUUUGUGCAGCACUUCCCCAGUGCUAAUGAAAAAGAUACAAGACCAUCACUUUAAGCUUUGUAACAUUAGGAAUACUCAGGUUA